CUCUCUCUCUCUCUCUCUCUCCUAGCCAGCCGGGGAAUCAUUCUGUCACCCUUCCCCAGGCAUCCAACAAUUAAAAACCCUCUUCACGCCUGUCGAUUCGAUCCGCGCGCCGCUUUUCUCAUUAUAUUCAUUAUAUUGGGAGUUAACGUAGCAAUAUUCUCAUAGUUCCGGUACAUCGGAAAAGGCAAUAUCUAUUUCACGCAUUCAAAUCUGAUCGUCGAAAAGGAUGGCGUCGGCGCUGGCCGGAGACGAUCUGGCCCGAUCGACGAGCAGCAGGAGGAGCUUCACGGCGUCGGGGAGCAGGCGGAGUUGGACGGGGGCGUCGGCGAGCUUCCGGGAGGUGUGGCAGCCGCCGCCGGACGUGUUCACGCGGAGCGGGCGGCGGCAGGCCGUGGACGACGAGGAGGAUCUCCGGUGGGCGGCGAUCGAGCGGCUGCCGACGUACGAUCGGCUGAGGAAGGGGGUGCUGAGUAAAGUGCUGGAUAACGGCAGAGUCGUCAGGGAUGAGGUUGACGUCACUCAGCUUGGUGUGCAGGAUAAGAAGCAGUUGAUGGAGAACAUACUCAAGGUUGUUGAAGAUGAUAACGACAAGUUUCUCCAACGGCUCAGGGACAGGACUGAUAGGGUGGGAAUUGAUAUUCCGAAGAUUGAAGUACGGUACGAGCAUUUAUCAAUAGAGGGACAUGUUUAUGUUGGGAGCAGAGCACUUCCUACCCUCUGGAAUUCUACCUUGAACGCAAUUGAGAGUGUUCUUGGACUAAUUCGGCUUGCCCCUUCCAAGAAGAGGAAGAUCCAGAUACUUAAAGAUGUCAGCGGCAUAGUAAAACCAUCAAGGAUGACACUGCUUUUGGGUCCACCAGGCGCAGGUAAAACAACAUUGUUGCAGGCACUUGCAGGGAAGUCUGACCGUGAUCUAAGGGUAUCAGGAAAAAUCACCUAUUGUGGUCACGAGUUGAAUGAAUUUAUUCCUCAGAGAACCUGUGCUUACAUUAGUCAACAUGAUCUUCACUAUGGUGAGAUGACAGUGAGGGAAACUUUGGAUUUCUCUGGGCGCUGUUUGGGGGUUGGCACAAGAUAUGAAAUGCUGGUGGAACUGUCAAGACGAGAGAAAGAAGCAGGGAUUAAACCAGAUCCUGAGAUUGAUGCGUUUAUGAAGGCAACAGCUGUGGCAGGCCAAGAAACCAGUUUGGUCACAGAUUACAUUCUCAAGAUACUCGGACUGGAUAUUUGUGCGGAUAUUAUGGUUGGGGACGACAUGAGAAGGGGUAUUUCUGGUGGACAGAAGAAGCGUGUGACCACUGGAGAGAUGUUGGUUGGACCAGCAAAAGCUCUUUUUAUGGAUGAGAUAUCAACGGGGCUGGACAGUUCCACCACUUUUCAGAUUGUCAAAUACAUGAAGCAAAUGGUUCAUAUAAUGGAUGUGACCAUGAUCAUCUCUCUUCUGCAGCCAGCCCCUGAGACAUAUGAUCUAUUCGAUGACAUUAUCUUACUUUCAGAAGGUCAGAUCAUCUAUCAAGGUCCACGUGAAAAUAUCCUAGAGUUCUUUGAAUAUAUGGGCUUCAAAUGUCCAGAUAGGAAAGGAGUUGCAGAUUUUCUCCAAGAAGUGACUUCAAAGAAGGAUCAAGAACAAUAUUGGUUAAGGAAGAAUGACCCUUACAGAUUUAUCUCAGUUCCUGAAUUUGCAGAGUCCUUCAACUCAUUCCGUAUUGGCCAAGAGCUGGCAGCAGAUCUUAGCGUUCCUUACGAUAAAUCAAGGGCCCACCCAGCUGCAUUGGUGACACAGAAGUACGGUAUCUCCAAAAUGGAAUUGUUUAAGGCAUGCUUUGAUAGAGAGUGGCUGCUAAUGAAGCGUAACUCUUUUGUAUACAUAUUCAAGACUACCCAGAUUACAAUAAUGUCCAUAAUAGCCUUCACUGUGUUCUUGAGGACACAAAUGCCAGCUGGCAGUUUGCAAGAUGGAGGCAAAUUUUUUGGAGCACUUUUCUUCAGUCUCAUUAAUGUGAUGUUUAAUGGGAUGGCAGAGCUCGCAAUGACUGUUUUUAGGCUUCCCGUCUUUUAUAAGCAGAGGGAUUUCUUAUUCUAUCCUCCCUGGGCUUUUGGCUUGCCAAUUUGGGUCCUCCGGAUACCCAUCUCCUUAAUGGAGUCAGCAAUAUGGAUUAUUCUCACUUAUUACACAAUUGGGUUUGCUCCAUCUGCCAGCAGGUUUUUUCGGCAGUUCAUUGCAUUCUUUGGUAUACAUCAAAUGGCUCUCUCUCUCUUUCGCUUUAUUGCUGCAGUAGGGAGAACACAGGUUGUCGCAAGCACAUUAGGCACCUUCACCUUGCUGAUGGUUUUUGUGCUCGGAGGAUUUAUAGUUGCCAGAAAUGACAUUCAGCCAUUUAUGAUAUGGGGAUACUGGGUUUCCCCCAUGAUGUAUGGACAGAAUGCAAUAGUGAUGAAUGAAUUUCUCGACAAAAGAUGGAGUGCUCCUAACACAGACCCCCGCAUUGAUGCACCUACGGUGGGGAAAGUCCUCCUCAAAGCAAGAGGCUUCUUCACAGAUGAUUACAUGUUUUGGGUUUGUGUUGGGGCACUCUUAGCAUUUUCUCUUCUCUUCAACAUAUUAUUUAUUGCAGCGUUGACUUACUUGAACCCUUUGGGUGACUUGAAAGCGGUAGUCUUGGAUGAAGAUGAUGAAAAGAAGAACAAGAAAUCCUCUGAAGGUAUUGCUAUGGCAGUGCGAAAUGCUUCACGGGGUUCUGAUUCAAUUGUCAGUGCCGAUGAUGAUGCACCUACUAGAAGAGGAAUGGUUUUACCCUUCCGACCCCUUUCACUUGCAUUCAACCACAUCAAUUACUACGUAGAUAUGCCCGCUGAAAUGAAAACUCAAGGAGUUGAGGAGGACCGUCUUCAACUGCUACGAGAUGUUAGUGGUGCAUUCAGACCUGGUAUAUUGACAGCGCUUGUGGGUGUUAGUGGUGCUGGAAAGACCACUUUGAUGGAUGUCUUAGCCGGAAGGAAGACUGGCGGAUACAUUGAAGGAACUAUUAGCAUUUCUGGUCACCCAAAGAACCAAGCAACAUUUGCUCGGGUUAGCGGUUAUUGUGAACAGAAUGACAUUCACUCGCCUUAUGUCACUGUUUAUGAAUCUCUCCUCUACUCAGCUUGGCUCCGUCUUUCUUCAGACGUGAACACGAAGACACGAAAGAUGUUUGUUGAAGAGGUGAUGGAUUUGGUUGAGCUGAAUCCAAUAAGGAACUCUUUAGUCGGGCUUCCUGGAGUGGAUGGCCUUUCAACAGAACAAAGAAAGAGAUUGACAAUUGCUGUAGAAUUGGUUGCUAACCCCUCUAUCAUCUUCAUGGAUGAACCAACAUCUGGCCUUGAUGCGAGAGCAGCAGCUAUUGUUAUGCGAACUGUGAGAAAUACAGUAGACACGGGGAGGACCGUAGUGUGCACAAUUCACCAACCUAGCAUUGACAUUUUUGAAGCUUUCGAUGAGUUACUUUUGAUGAAGAGAGGAGGCCAAGUUAUUUAUGCGGGACCUCUUGGUCGCCAAUCUCAGAAGCUUGUAGAAUAUUUUGAAGCUGUUCCAGGAGUUCCCAAGAUUAGGGAUGGUUACAAUCCUGCUACAUGGAUGUUGGAGAUUAGUGCUCCUUCAGUUGAGGCUCAACUGGGCAUUGAUUUUGCUGAUAUUUAUGCCAACUCAUCCCUUUAUCAGAGGAAUCAAGAGCUCAUUAAAGAACUCAGUACUCCUCCACCAGGCUCCGAGGACCUCCACUUCCCAACCAAGUACUCCCAAUCAUUCAAUACCCAGUGCAUGGCUUGUUUCUGGAAACAGCACUGGUCUUACUGGAGGAAUCCUCAAUACAACGCAAUUCGAUUCUUCAUGACAAUCGUAAUUGGUGCUUUAUUCGGUUUAAUCUUCUGGCAGAAAGGACAGGAGACAUCAAAACAACAAGAUCUGAUGAACCUUUUGGGAGCUAUGUAUGCUGCUGUUCUCUUCCUUGGAGCCACUAAUGCUUCUUCGGUGCAGUCCAUUGUUGCUAUUGAGAGAACAGUAUUUUAUCGUGAAAGAGCUGCCGGGAUGUAUUCAGAAUUGCCUUAUGCGUUUGCUCAGGUGUCAAUAGAGACAAUCUACGUUAUAGUUCAAACACUUGUGUACAGUCUUCUCUUGUACUCCAUGAUCGGGUUUGAGUGGAAAGUUGAGAAAGUCCUGUGGUUCUACUACUACAUAUUGAUGUGCUUCAUCUACUUCACAUUGUACGGAAUGAUGGUUGUUGCACUGACUCCAGGCCACCAAAUCGCUGCCAUUGUGAUGUCCUUCUUCCUCAGCUUCUGGAAUUUAUUCUCGGGUUUCCUCAUUCCCAGACCGCAAAUCCCGGUCUGGUGGAGGUGGUACUACUGGGCUUCACCAGUGGCUUGGACACUCUAUGGACUCGUGACCUCUCAAGUAGGUGACAAAAGCGAGCCACUAGAAAUACCAGGAGCAGUUAAUGUGACGGUGAAGGCAUUCCUCAAAAGCUAUUUGGGUUUCGAUUAUGACUUCCUACCGGCAGUCGCAAUAGCCCACAUCGGUUUUGUUCUUCUCUUCUUCUUGGUUUUCGGCUACGGUAUCAAGUACCUCAACUUCCAAAGGAGAUAGCAAGCUUUAGUCGCAAUAGUGGUACUUAAAUCUUUAUACAGUAAAUUUUACCACAGGAAGUAACUCAAUAAUUAGUUGUAUAGGGGAAACGAAAUGGUUUGCCUGUAUUUUCAGUUUUCUUUCUUGCCUAUUAUUUUUUUGUUUUGUUUUGUCAUUCUUUUCGACUUUGAUUUUCGUAACAGCUGCUUUCUGCAAUAAAAUGAGAUUUGUAUAGA